AUGGCCUCGGUCUUCGGCAGUGCGACCCUAAGCCCCAGGAGUCCUAUGCGGUGCACCGUGAGCUCGGUCGCCACCGCUGCCCUCCUGAGCACCUCUUCCAGCUCCUUUCCCCGCACGGCCACCAGUGAGCCUCCCACCACCACCUGCACGACUGCCUGGUGCGCUUCCGCGGCUGGCUCGACCAGAACCAGCUGGCGCCCGCCGUGGCCGAGGUCGUCAACAAGGAGACGCAGGAGGUACGCAGACUCCUCCCUGACUACAGGAGCCUCCCACCACCACCUGCACGACUGCCUGGUGCGCUUCCGCGGCUGGCUCGACCAGAACCAGCUGGCGCCCGCCGUGGCCGAGGUCGUCAACAAGGAGACGCAGGAGUCGAUGCGGGGUCGCAGUGCGAAACAGAUGGCGGAGGAGUUCUUCGCCGGUCCCGCGCAGCAGUCGCAGGCCGCCGCGCUGUGGGGCGCGCGCGCGCUGUGCCGCCUGCAGCCCGAGCGCACCGCGCAGGCGCUGCAGCUCGCCACGAGGCUCGACCACCCCGACCUCUCCAUACAGGGUUGCGUGGAAGUCCUGGAGAGCCUCCGGGAAGGCGACUUCGGUUCGUGCCUGGCCGAGACGGAGGCCUACAUGCUGGCGUGCUCGGCGCGCUUCCCGCACGCCAUCGCCUUCAAGCCGCCGCAGCCCGAGGAGCCCAACCACGUCGCCGACGCCAGAGCGCCCAAGGAACAGAACAACUGAGACACCGACCGACAGCUGGGAGAUCUACAAGCGUAAACAUGCCUCCGGGGGCCCAUUUCGAGAACGGUAUUAAAUUAAUAUUAUAAGUGUGUAGCCAACUAGCCAUGGUCACGAUUUGAUAGUUCGUGGACUAAUAUUAGUCUAUAGUCAUACCGUAAAAAGUCUGCAGCGAUUUUGAUAGCCCGCGUAGUGCAAGUGUCAUUUUAAACGUCAAACUUCUAUGAAAUUAUGACGUAUAAAAACACACUGUGUGGGCUAUCAAAUCCGCUGCACUUUUAUUGGUGCGACUAUAAUACUCUUCAAGAAAUUGGCCCCAGGGUGCAAAGCCAACAUUUCAAUCGUUUACGCUCCGUAGCCAACGAAACCGUCACUGUCACACUAAUAUGGAAGUGAUAGAGAGACAAAGCGUUUCAUUAUAGCGCAAACAAUUGUCACCUUGGCUAAGUACACAGGUCUGACAAACGAGCCACGAACGUUUAUGAAACAGUUAAAGUAGCGUAAGAAUUGAUUUUUACGGUUAAAUUUACCCUUAUAUGAAGUAAGACCUACCGUGUAACUGAUAGCCUUACCAGAUACAUCUAAGGAUCAACUCAUCUCAUACUGUCAUAACUCAAUUCUUACGUUACUAUAACUGCUCGAUUAAGAAUGAUCCGCUACUGACGCCUUCUGCAGAUGUGAACGCACCUUAACUAUCUGACCACCAAUACAUCGUUUAAAUUUAUUAAGUGACGCGUUAGAAUGACGCGUGCGACUGCAAAAAUUACAGAUAAAAAAAUACGGUCGAAUUGAUAACCUCCUCCUUUUUUGAAGUCGGUUCAGAACAUUACGACGGAUUUAAACGACAUACUGAGUCAAGUAUUAGGUAGACGUUUGUAGAUCUCGUCACUUGACUUAUUUGGUAAACCGUCACAUUCACUUCAACAGGCAAAUAUGACGCUAUUCGUAAAUCCUAAAGUUAUUGCUGACGUGUCGAGAUUAUACUGGGUUUCUUAUGGGAUAUCUUGUUUAUAGUAUACUUGUUUUAAUAUAAUUAACUUAAGAGCUGUUUACCAAAUAUGUCAAGUAAGAACGAUAGUCCGUAAUCUGUAAUAAUAUGGUGUGCAAGUGCGACGAAUACAAUAAUAGGCGUAUGUGUUCAGACGGCUCCUAAAUCAUUGUCACAGUUUCACAAAUAAACUAGGAAUCCUCUAGACGGAAUUUAGAGCAAUUAUUUCAUGAAACCGAUGCUGCCAACUAUACUGGGGUGCGGGGGACGAGGUGAGCGAAUCCCGUGCCAUGAUUGGUCCGUUCAAAGACACGGACGUCACACAAAUACACUUUGACUCGAAAAUGGAGUAAAACUACCGUAUAUUUGUGGCAGAGGGGGCAGCGCUACUAUGCUCAGUCUGGAGAAUGUCUUGUCUGUGGUUUCACAAAUUGAUCUUCAAAUGUUUUAGUGAUAGAAAAAAAUAGGGUUUGUCAAAGUGACCUCAGGAUUCGUCGCUAAAACUUGUAAAACCCUGUUAUUUUACUAUCUUAUGCUUAAACCACGCUCAUUUCUCGAAGUGCGAGUAGAUUUACGAAAGCAUCUUUUGGUAUUUUACAAUCCCCGACUGAUUCUAAUAAAGGAAUAAAUGCAGUUUAGUGACUGCGAUGUGUUUGUUCGUUCUAAAAAAAUGUUUUAAUCAUAAUAAUUCCCAAUCACAGAUAGUUAUUUAUAAAAAAAAUAUACAUAACAUAAUUUUAGGCUUCAUCGAAAUGUCUAGAUUCGAAAUUGGCGUUCAUAUCAGUAAAUAUUCAAAUGUUGUCACAAAUAUCUGGACCGAAAGUUUUACAACUCAAUUCUUUGAUAUUUUCUUUCGUCGCCAAAUUUUUUAGUUUUUAUACGAAAUUACCCCAAAUGUGAAAGAUUGGCUAAAAUUAGAAUAUCACAGACAAACAGUAAACAGACUCUCUUACUAGUGUGACAAGAUUAAUUUUGUUAACUGCAAACUAAUGGUUUGACUAUAAUUGGAGACAGGCUCGGUUGUUUGCUUGUAAACAUGUUCCUUUUUAUAGUUUUUAAGUAUCUGUUUAGAACAUGUCACGGGCCGCUGUCAGUCGCCCUAUGAGAUAUUUUUAUUCUAUUUGUAACGGAUUGCUUGUUUUCUUCCUUCGAUUCCUUUUACAUGAAUUGAACGGACAAGCAAUAUUUGCAAAUAAUUUACAAUUAUGAUACCGAAUUAACUAGGAACAUAAAAUAUAUAGCAAAAUAAAGGGUCUUAUGAUGUUGUAUGAUAUGAAUGGUCGCAAGUCUAGUCCCGCUCACGCGCCUAUGGCCUCCUCACCAAUAGGUACAAUAAUCUUUUAUCUAAAUAGUGUAAAUUUUCGAUAUUUAUAAUAAGCAUUUCGUAUAAAAUCUGUGUAAUCUCUAUUUUGGACUUAAUUGAUGAGAGUUAGCGGUGUGGCCUCACGUGUUCAAUUGAAACAAAUGUAUUUAGGGGUUUUAAUGACUGGUUUGUAAUGUGUAUAAAAUUGUGUGGCAAUUUUCGAACCUCACGCAAUAUAGACUCUGAGGUAUGCUUUGUAAAUAGUUCUUAUAUUUAAGUUUGUACUAUACAAUAUCGUUAAAACUCUGCAGUUGUCUACAAUUUGACUGCUGCUUGAGCUAGAUAUUAUUUUACAUUGUUCGAAUAACAUGGAAUAAAAAAAGGUUUCUUUUUUUCAGACAUUAUAUUUAUGUGUAAAGUUUGACAAUAAUUAAAUAAUUGGAUACACCAAAUUGUCAUUAAAUGCACACUGGUUGUGCUGGAACUUAACAUGCACAUGUUAAUCGUUUAUUUGUACUCCAAUUACGACAUAAUUGUGUUAAGAACAGUCAUUGUUUUCCUAUUCAGUUGUGUGACCGAAGUAUUUGUACCUCUGUCAUUGUGUACAUAAAGUAAUAAAAUUUUAUUUUACAAAAUUGAA